UUUAUUAAAAGCUGUAACAGUAUUUGUAAGUUGUUUUAGAUACAGUUGAUCCAAAUACACACAGAGGAUUUGAUCGGUAUGAAUAGUAUAUGAAGUUGCCUAUUGUUUUCCUUCUAGAGCAAUCUUUUUGAGCUAUUUGGUAACUGGCUUCAGCCUUUUUUACUUCCUAUUUUGCUAAAUAGUGUUAACUUUUUUCUGUUCUAUCUUGUUUCUGAAGCAAAGCCUUGCCUCCAUCUUCCCCAGAUAAGAUAGCUAUACAAAAGUUAAGUUGCACAGAAAUUUGAAAUUUAGAAUAUAUAUUUGAGUAUAUUUACCACUGCUCAUAGAAAGGCGAGUAAAAAGCUCCAAUCCUAUCAAAGAAUGCAGUUGAAUGUAGUGUUCUCAAGAAUAGAAGGGGGUGAUGAUUACCUCUCGGUACCAACUACUAUCCCCACCCACCAAGCCAACAACCAAAUUCGAACCUUCAAACGCAAGAGACUAACACCUCUCAACUGUCUUGUUAGACCCUCAUAUUCAUAUUUCCUUCUUAUUCUUGACCUUGGUAACCACAAUUGUUGUAGCCUUGGAUCCAGUCUUUGAAUGGCAAAGCUAAGAUCUUGGACUCAGAUAUGGCGUUCUAUUGUCGGAAUGUGCAUUCUGAAUUUUGUUUUGAACUUCAAGAUCGUAACGUUAGCUGAUGACACUGGAAGUAACAGUAUUGUAUCAGAAGGUGACUGCAAGAACACAAAUUAUCAGAUUUUCCUCCCUCCACCAUAUCAGAAUAUAUCCUCCACCAUUUGCAAACCUGUUUGGCAUUCAUACGAAUUGAGGUACACCAAAACAGGUGAUACAACAACUAUCAUAUUAUCUGCUCCCUACACAGUUGGAUGGGUGGGAAUUGGAUUUUCCAGGGAUGGCAUGAUGGCUGGUUCCAGUGCGAUGGUAGGAUGGGUUAACAAACAUGGUCAUGCAAAAGUGAAGCAAUUUUAUCUAAGGGGUAGAAGGCAAUCAGAAGUAAUUGUAGACAAAGGUGAACUGCCUCUGAAUACUGUACCAGCUGCAGUGGCAACAAACGGAGCUGAAAUUUAUAUAGCUUUUCAGCUACAAGCGACAACUCCAUUUGGGAAGCAACCGAUUUUAUUGGCUUUCAGUACUAAACGUCCACUGAACCAUCAUCUAUCAAAACAUGAAGACAAAACAGCGGUUAUAUUUGAUUUUUCUUCGGGUUCUACGGGCCCGGUAUCGAAUGGGUUGAUUCAGAUAAGAAAGAGCCAUGGAAUAGUGGGUGUAAUAGGGUGGGGCUUAAUCCUCCCUGUGGGGGCAAUUAUUGCUAGGUACUUCAGGCACAAGGAUCCCCUAUGGUUCUACCUCCACUCAGUCAUUCAAUUCGUGGGAUUUGCGUUUGGUCUUGCCACAGUCCUUCUUGGAUUACAACUCUAUAGAAGUGUGCAUGUUCACAUACCAGCUCACAGAGGCAUAGGCAUCUUUGUCCUUGUCCUAAGUAUUCUUCAGAUAUUGGCAUUUUUCUUGAGGUCAGACAAGGAUUCCAAGUUUAGAAACAUUUGGAAUUUGUAUCACAGUUGGUUUGGAAGAAUGGCGCUUUUCUUUGCAGCCUUGAAUAUAGUGUUGGGGAUGCGAGCUGCUGGUGCAGGGAAUGAUUGGAAGAUAGGCUAUGGAUUCCUUGUUAGCAUUAUACUUGUGGCAGUUAUCGUUCUCGAAGUAAUGGCGUAUUUGAAAAGGUCACAAAAACGUUCUCUUCCUCACACUUUCCAAAUGGACUCAGUUGGAGAAGCAACCUUUCCAACCAAUCUUGCUAAAGGGUGAAUGUGUUUGCUCCCAGUUUUGUUUGCACUUCUACAAGUUGUGUCAAUUGUCGCAGUCAGCCAAUUCAGACUAAACCUCAUUCACCCUGCUACAUGUGAACUGAGAUGGAGCUUUCUUGGUGUAGAUAGAUAUUUUAGCCACCUAGAAGUUUGCCAAGAUGGACAUUCCUAACGUUUGUCUUCUUCCUCAAGUGAACCUGUUACUUGAGAUUGAACCUUUUUGCUUUCUUCAUUGGGUCUUCAUGAUCAGGAACAUGAUGCCCACGUUUACAUUUAUAUUGUUACUCUUCUGUGAAAAUGUGUUGAAAUUUACGGAUCGGAGUUUGGUGAGUGAUCAUCUCUUGAUUAAAUGGGGACAUAGUUCCGUAACACAGGUAUCGCUUUUGUUAGAAAUAUGAAACCUUCAAGCCGUCGAUUUUCCAAGA